UAGACAUUUCAAACAUAAAUUCCCGAACAUAAAGUCAUAUUCAGGUGUUACGCACUGAAUGGUGAACGAUAUCCGACGAGAUGGGUUUACUUUUCAAAAUUUGAAGAGGAGCAGGAGGGAAUCAAAAUUUCAUUGGACUCGGAGGCUCUCGAUUGAUGGUGUGGCAUAUAGGAGAUCGUUCUGUCAAAAAGCUGCUAUUUCAUGCACGCUCCGAUAUCCUGGAAUGUUAUGAUUGCGAACAAAUCUAUGAUGGGAAUUGUGCAACUGGAACCGAUCUCGAAAAAACUUUUUGCUUUGAAACGGCCGUUUCCUGUUACUCUAUAGUUUUUUACAAUCCAUUCAAUGAGGGCUACGGUGGAAAGUACAACUACAGAAGAGGUUGCACCAUGUUUAACGAAACUAAGGAAUUUGUGAACUUCACAUCAAUUGGCUUCAGUUUGUUGGAGGAAUAUGUUGGACCCACUAUAAUCUGCAAUACGUCUUUAUGUAACAACGAUCCAAUUAAAUUAUUCAAAGUUGAGGAUCCACUGGGCAUCAAAUUGUAAUAAUUGAAGAAUUUAGUGUUUCUCGAGCACGCGGUAUACGUGGCAACAUUG